UUAUAUUUUGUAAUUACGUUAAACGUAAAAUAAUUAUCUGAUUUUCGACAAUACAUUAAUAUUAGUUAAUUAUUGCCGGAUUUAUCUCGCAAUAGUAUUACUACUAUACACUAUUGGCCUGAAAAAUUGCGAUAAUAAAGUUUCUAACUACAUAAUUUUCUUUCAAUUAAAAAUUGUUAAAACAGUGCUAUUUUUGAAUAAAAAAUAAAAUAUUAAUUGGAAUAUUUAGUACUAUUAUUAAAUAAUGAAAAUAAAAAUAUCUUUUGACACUUGUAAGAAGGCAAACGCGAUAAUUUUUUCAUUUCAGUAAUGUAUGUCAAAAAAUUAUAAAAUUACGAUCGCUAUUUUUCUUUUUGUCGGAAAUAAUUAAUCACCUAUUCUAAAUGAGAUUUAAAAUCAGAAAUCGUACAAAUUCAUUAAAAUUGCACCUUCAAUUCUUGAUUCUAAAUUUGCGAAUGUUUACAUUGUUUUCUUGUUCCAAGCAGCAGAAAUAUAUUUAGCAACGUCAGUACGUUCAGUGUGCAGAAACAUCGUGUUCACCCGAUCUUAAAUUUUCGACAUCGCGAUAUCUGAUCAAUUGUACAAGAUAUGUAAGAGAGAGAGAGAGAGAGAGAGAAAGAGAGAAACAUAAGGAUCUGCCCGGGCCGACAUGCCGUAGAGCUCGGCAAAGCUUUUUUGACUACGAGAAUUGGUUACCUUCCAAGCAGCCAAUUAAUUCCGCGUCGCGGUAUUGGCAGUGGUACAACGAGCUCUGUGUAAAAGAAACGCUAAAUUUAUCUGUUGUAACGUAAUACGCAGUAACAGUUCGAAAGCAGUCGCCCUUGCCGCGCACGCGAUCGGCAUCGUAUUGCGUAUAAAAAACCCGACAACAAUCCACAAUAAUACAAUAUUAUAUUUAUGAUAGAUAAAUAAUUAGUCUUUUAUUCUCCAGUCCGGAUGCAAACUUUGUAUAAUUAUGUUUAAUAAGCAAUUAGCAAAAUUUUGCGAUACACAUGUAUGUAUACAUAUAUGUAUACAUAUUUUAAUACUAAUUUAAUAAGAUUUACAUUAAUAUUAACGUAUAUGUGUAUUGCCUCCUGUUAAUUUGUCUGGAAAAAUAAUAUGGCGCGGUUCAAUUCUCACAACGCAAUCGAUACUUCGCUUUAAAUAGAUUGUUUGGUAGAAGUUUGAGAGUUUCUUCGAAGCCGGUCAGGCUGUUCGCGGUACUGAAAUUUCGAGAAAGUUUUAACGGAUCAAACUUCGACCAUUGAUAACUUAAUUUGGAUAACAAUUCGCAAGCGUUUAAUUGACAAAGCGAUUGGAAAGGAAAAACACCUCGAACUUAUAUAAACACAUACUCGCGCGGCGCAAGCGAUUAAACUAAUGCCGUAUAUCGUCUGAGAGGUUUGGUUGUACACCUGAAACGCUCCUGAAAAAUUUACAACAUAUUUUUACGGUUUGGUGAUUUGUGCGUAUUUACGAGUGUACAAGAUGAGCAUAAUAUUAAGUUCACUCGCUGAAAUCGUCGAUUAUUUUCCAAAACACUUCGGAAAACUUUGGUAUAUUGUCAGCCCAAAGGAAACGACUUUUGAGUUUUUGCACGAAGUGCCAGACUAUCAACAACAGAUAUGGAUACCGUUUUUUCUGCUGUUGAUUCUGGAGCAAUUAAUAUUGAGGAAGAAAAGAUUCCGUUUAAACGAUCAAGUGACAUCAUUAUCACACUGGAUGCUCAUUGAAACUGUCCGAAUUUUUUCUCGUGGUGCCGAAUAUUUUGUAUACAUUGCCAUUUAUGAGAGGUUUGGCAGAGGAUACACUUUACCCUGGAACUCGCUAUGGACAUGGUAUAUUACCUUCAUUGCCGUGGACUUUUGUUACUAUUGGGCUCAUCGCAGUAAUCAUGAAGUUCACUUUUUAUGGGCCUACCAUCAAGUGCAUCACAGCAGCGAGGAAUUUAAUUUCGCGGUUGGUCUGCGACAAUCCAUUCUACAACAUUGGUGCAACUUUGUAAUUUAUUUACCGCUUGCCUUUUUUAUACCUCCAUCGCACUUUAUGGUCCAUAAUCAAUUCAAUUUAAUAUAUCAAUUGUGGAUACAUACAACAGUCAUUGGUAAUCUUGGACCACUCGAGUUGAUUUUUAAUACGCCUAAACAUCAUCGUGUUCAUCAUGGCUGCAAUCUUUAUUGCUUGGAUAAGAAUUACGGUGGUGUAUUUAUUGUAUGGGAUAGAUUGUUCGGUACAUUUCAAGAGGAAGAACAAAGAGAAGAAAUAGUUUAUGGACUAGUAGUUAAUAUCGAAUCAUUUAACGCGUUCUAUCUGCAGAUAUUUUACUUGAAGGAUUUAAUUAAGAAAAGUAAAAGUAUGAGUACAUGGGCUGAUAAGUUUGCCGUUUACUGGAAAGGUCCUAGCUGGUUUCCAGGUGCACCACGUUUGGGUUUAGAUGAAUUUAAAAUAAAGGUGAAACCCAGAGCCGUAUACGAUCCUCUUAUACCAAAAUGGCAAAAAAUAUACAUAAGUGUGCAGUUUCUGAUGGCCCUUUUCAAUCAUUAUAAACUAUACAAACCACAAUAUCAUGAGAAUUUAGACGAUCCUUGGAUUAUAUUUGCAGUGGCGAACAACUUAAUUGCCCUCGCCAGCAUCGGUUUGUUAUUUGAUAAACGUGCGUUUAUAUAUCCUAGCACCAUUGAAAUUGUGCGCUGUGCCCUUUAUGUGUACUUCAUGCGUAUAUACGAAGAUAACUUAAUUGAUUAUUUGAUAUAUUACAUACACGUGUGUCAAUUGAACUGUAUUUGGGUACCUUUUUUCGUAUAUAAAAUUUACAAGUAUAUUUAUUUGUUUCUUCAUUCACGAGAUGUUGUAUUUUAUCAACGAUCUUGAAAAAAGGCUUGAGAAUUUGUAUAAUCACAAUUUUAAAGCGUUACGCAUAAAAAAACCUCAAGAAACUUUUCUGUGUCAAAUUACGUGUUAAGAAAUAUAAUUUUGAUUUAUUUUAUCAUAGCGUAGCAAAUGUUAAAUACUAACUGUGAUAUAUGCGAUUUGUCUAGAUAAGAAUGUGUAAAAUUAUUCUCUCGCACUUAAUAAUAUCUGAUAAUAACAAUUGAAUUCGUAAUAGAUUUGAUAUAUCAAAUUCAGAUAUCAAAAUUUCAUUAUAUGUAUAAUAUUAAAGUGAUAUUUUUGCUUGAUAGUGUU